GAUGCGCGCUUUCUCGCGCUGGUCUUUGGUUGGUGGAUGGUAGUUUACCCAUGCGUCAGGAUCGGAGGGGGCGGCAGGUGCCGUGGGGAAGGGGUAGAGGCGGAGGGCAGCGAGGGGAACGCUGGAGAGGAGAGCACGGUGGUCGAGGGCAUCACCGCAUUCAUGCACCGCUUCCUGUCCACCUCCUGUUGUAUUGAUGAUGGCGUGUGUGUGGUGGCUUACUAGUAGGUCGUCAAUGCGGCUCAUGUGCGGUGCGGUGGCUUGAUCGUGUAGGUAUGUAUGGGGCCGGGGGUGUUCGUGUGUGGGCAGUGUGAUUGGGUGCAGGCCCGCAGAGGUGGCGAAGGCAAUGUGGGCGCGGUCCGUAGCGUUCAGCUGGCCUGUGCUGCGGUCGGAGGGGAACAGCACUGCGUUCCAGUCGCCUCCAAUAAGGAGAUGCUCUUUCGCGGCUGUCGUUUUGGCGGCUUGGUCGGUGCAGUAUUUGUAGAUUGCAGCACGGGUGGCGUCGUCGCUGGGGGCGUAUAUGCCGAUGGCGUGUACUGGCGUGCUGUGUGGUGGUGCAAUGCGUAUGUGGCAGACGUGGCCUGCCAGGCGUGCGUCUGUGUUGUGUGCAUUCAUGUCCGUGGUGCCAGACGGGCGGCUAAAGCGGUGGGUGACACCGACCAUGACGCCGGCAUGGGGGCGGGUUCCCUCUCGUGGGUUGUAGGGUGCGUUGCUGGUGUAGGUUUGGUAGUGCGAGGAGAGGCCUUUUUUAGCGCUGCCCAUGCUGUAGUGGAGGCGGGUGGGAAUUUUGGUUUCGGUGAGGAAGAGGAUGUCGGGGGUGUGUGUGGUGACCGUGUGGAGGAUGCUUUCAUGGUGGCUCAACAGUUCCCUGGUGUUGAGGGUGAGGACAGAGAUGCGCCCGUCAGGGGGUGGGGAGGGGCUGGCCUGGGCUUGGCCGGUUGCGGGUUCGCUGGGUGUGGUUUGGAGUGUGGCCGCGUGUUUCCUCUUGUGCGCCAUUGCUAUGGUGAUCUGUUGGGGCUUCUUGGCUAGUGGUGGUGCACUGGGGGCGCCUGUGCUGAGCUUGCGUAGUUUAGGGGUGGGGUUGGGCGUACGCCUGGCGGGGCGCUUUGUGGGGCCCGCUGGUUUGGGCACGAUGCGUGUGGCAGUGUUGCUUCGGGCGGCUGGGCCUGGGUUGGCGCUCGUAGGCGGGCUAGGGGAGUUUGUGGUAUUGGGGCCGGCGGGGGGGCCGCCGGUAGGGUUAGUGGGGGGGUCCUGUGCGAGGGCUGCGGAUGUGGGGCCGAGUUUGUUAGCAGUGGAGGCACUGUUGCCGUUUUGGGUGCGUGUGCGUUUGGUGCCUGCACGCUGGCGGUUUACCUCAUUGGUGCGGACAGGGGUGAUGCGGAUGCCCUCGUGUGAGAGGGUGAUGCGGGUGGUGGGGGGGCUGAUUGGCGGGAUGUCCCGGAUGUUGAAGUUGGUUGAUACUUCGGGGUGUCGGGUGUAAGUGAGGGUUAGGGUGAGGCCGCGCCCCAGGUCCGCCCACCGGUAGUAGCCUGGCUGUGCAGUGUCGGCGUUCGUGAGGGGGAUGGCGCGUGGUGCAUUGGAGUCGUGCAGCCACCAGCGGCCGUUUGCAUGUUUCACAGUUCGGGCGUGGCCACCGUGGAUAAGAAUAAAGCCGAUGUGGCGGGACUCGGAGGGGAUGGCAUUGAGUGCUUCGUGCUGGUUUAGGCCCCCGUGGUACGAGCAUGCCGUGAGUUGGACAUAGGGGAGGCCUGGCAGGGGGGAACAGGUGUUGGCUUUGAGGCAGUGGUUUAUGAGUCCAUAGUCUAUGCUGGUGGCGGUCAGGUAGGUCGCCCAGGUGGGCACUGAGGCUGGGGAGUUGUGGUGCAGGAGCUGCCACCCCCGCUCCCAUUCGGCGCAGACUGUGGCGGGUGUGAGAAGGCGUUUCCCGAGCAGGUUGUUGGUUGCAUGGAUGAGGCAGGAGCGAUUGUCGUGCUGUUUAUCAUGGAGGUGUAUGGCUCUGACAACCGGUGUGGCUAGUUUGAUGCGUUUGCUCUUGCUGCCAGCGUGUCGCAUGUGUGUGUCGGCUCCGGGCCUUCCUUGGCGGGCGCGCCGGCAAGAGAGCAUAUAACUGGAAGUUGUAGCUAGAGCAAAAGCCCAACUGGUUGCUGUGUUGCUGUUUAGUUUUAGCUUGCUCUGUUGAGGGCCGGGGAUGUCCCAGCUCAGCUCGCAGCGGGCACGAGCGAAGAUAUAGCUGAGCAUCGAAAGCAAAACAAGAGCCCAGCUGAUUGCUGUAGUGCUGUUAAUAAUUCUCGACUUGCUCUGAGAGCUAGUCGCACGUCUCCUGAGCAUGGCUGCAGCUCCAAGUGAGCUCGACGCGCUUUGUUUUAGCAGGUCUGGCUCCUCAAAUGCAUGUGUUUGUUCUUGUGUACUUUGCUGUGUCUGGCGGGGGUCUGGGGGGGUGCGGGGUCGCUUGCAUGCGGGCGGCUGUUCUCGGCAGUGCGGCGAAGGGCUCGUGGGCUUCCGAGUCGGUCUUGUCAUAUUGCAGAGUCGUGGGUGGCUCGGCGCGUGCGUAAGCACAAGGCACGAGUACCCUUCUGCGACGUUGACCGACUCGGCGUUCCUGGCCCGCUUCCCGUCACUGUAACAAGUAGUCCCA